CACUCAGGCCUCUGUGGAUAGACACAUUGCUGGGGACACCACCUCUGCUCUCUGGGAGACCCAGUGCACCACCAUGCCCCGGGGAUUCGCCUGGCUGCGCUAUCUCGGGAUCCUCCUGGGCAUGGCCUUGGGGAACCAGGGUUUGGAGGUGUGGCCGUUAACCCGGAGCGAGGAGUGUGCCAUCACUGGCUUUCUGCGGGACAAGCUGCAGUACCGGAACCGCCUUCAGUACAUGAAGCACUACUUCCCCAUCAGCUACAGGCUCAGUGUGCCUUACGAGGGGGUACUCCGGGUGGCCAACGUCACCAGGCUGCAGAGGGCCCGGGUGAGCCAACAGGAGCUGCGGUAUCUGUGGGUCUUGGUGAGUCUCAGUGCUACUGAGUGGGUGCAGGAGGUGCUGCUCGAGGGCCAUCCGUCCUGGAAGUACCUGGAGGAGGUACAUACGCUGCUGCUGGAUGUCAAACAAGGCCUCCCGGGUGUGGAGGUCAGCCCCCAGGUGGAAGCAGUGCUGUCCCUCUUGAGUGCCCCAGGAAGCCUGAAGCUGGUGCGGCCCAAAGCUCUGCUGGACAACUGCUUGCGGGUCAUGGAGCUGUUGUACUGCUCUUGCUGUAAACAAAGCCCUGUCCUAAACUGGCAGGAUUGUGAGGUGCCAAGGCCUCAGCCUCACAGCCCGGAGCCCUCGUCACAGUGUGUGGCCGCCCAGCUAUACCCCCUGCGCCAGCAGCCCCCCACCUCCCUGCCCCACUCCCCGGCAUCCACGGCUGGACCCAGCUCAGUGAAGCUGCUGAGGGCACAGGGCGAAGGCCUCCUGCCGAGUGGGCUGCAUGGUAACUGGGUGGGGCAGCUGGAGGAGCUCCUGCAGGAGAUGCACUGGGCCUGA